AUGACAGUCUAUCACAUUGUCCUCUUCAAGCUCAAGCCCGGCACGCCCGCAGAGAAGGUGGAAGAAAUCAAAGCGGCAGGAUACGCAAUGGUCGGACAAGUACCGGGUCUAUCACGGAUCGACUUUGCUCCACCGCUCGAAUCCACUGCACAUCGCUCAAAGGGCUACGAUCUGGGUCUUGUCGCCAUCCUGGAGAAGCCUGAGGAUGUUGCUGUCUAUGCUGCUCAUCCUGCACACGUGAAAGUCAAUGGCUUGCGAGAGGCAAUCACCGAAGACGCCCUGGCUUAUGACUUGGUAUUUUGA